AAAUGUGCUACCGACAUUGUAGAGUGCCAAUAUUCUCACUUCACCAGUUGAAGCAACUAGUAGUAUCAACUCAAGCAGCAUGCAUCUCUUAAGCUCUAUCAUGUUUGUAGUUGGAGCAGUCGUGCUCUUUACUCUUAAUGGAACGGAAUCCUUCGCCCUCGGUCGCAAUGUUACCACCUUCUUAGACGACGAUUAUCACGAUGCCAACAGCAACGAGACAUCCACAGACGACUAUUACCUAGACAGUCUGGAGCUCACCGAUAAUCAGACUUCACUCGAAGACGUCCAUCCGCACGAUUCGUUGGAAUUCAACAGCCGAUUAGUCAAGCGUGAUUUGGAGUUUGCACUGCUCGAUCAGUCAACUAGUAACGGAAGUCUUGUCCUGGUAUUAACUGACGACGGAUUAUCCUUGGAAGACGUAGCAGAGCAGGAAGACCAAGCCAAUCCUACCAUUAGGGUCGACCAUCUUCCCCUGGAUGACUUACAUCACCUGCGCAUCGAUUCCUUGGAAGUUGUGGACGAUUUUGACAAGCGUCAUGUUCCCGCUGGUGAUGCUGGCCUGCUAAUCGUACAAGGUGCGGACGGAAGUGAGCACGCCUUUCUAACGGACGGUCAUCAUUUUGACGAUUAUUCUUUGGAAGUUGUCAGUAAUCACGACGAACAAGUCUCACUGCUUUCGGCCUUGGAUCAGCAGCCGCUUACUGGAGUCUUCACCCAUCCAUUGUCCGACGAUUUGUAUCUCGUCAAGGAGUACCUGGGCGACUAUUACUUGUGGGAAAUGGAGGACGAAUUGGCCAGAGCAUACCUGUCGCAAUCCGUCAAUCUCAACGAUCCAAUCGUGUUCCACUUGACUGAUGAUAGACGACCCAAGAAGCUAAGUGCAGUUCAUUUUGCUCAAUUUACACCUGUGCAAUCAGUCUUGAACGAUCGGAUUCAUGCCACCAGCCCUGCACUUUAAUUCGUGUUACAUUACGUUCGGACAUGAGGGUUGUUUUCAAAUGUAAAGUAUUUUGAAGGAUUCCGACACGUCGUAUUAUUAUAUUAUAGCAUCACUUUUCUAAUAACACUUGUUUCCAACAAUUGUAUUGAAUUGCAUAGUUUGUUUUUGUUACAUGGCAUCAGAUAUCGUAUCAGAUAUAAUCAAAUAAAAACAACAAAAGAAAA